UCACGAAUUAGUAGAACGAUGACAGCCCAUUUAGUAGUACAUCUUAUUUUAACCCUCUUACUUGCAGAACUGUUCCAACUAAGUCAGGCCACAAAAAAGAACAUAAAACCUAAUCGACAGGAUGUAAAGGACAAGAAAAACCAGCGUGACAAAAAUGUUUUCAAAAUCAAACCCGCCGAAAACACCCACAUACAGUUUAGUUACUACCGACAAAAUGUAAAAAACUCAACUAAUUCCAAAGGCAAUAAAAAAAAGGAACCGAAAUACUAUCUCAACUUUGAUUUUAACAACUAUCGAAAUCCCAAAUCAUCAAAGGAUCGACAAGCACUUUCCAAUAAAGUUAAAAUGCGACGAACUAGAAAGCGAUUGCUUCCAAAUGGAAAACCCAAUCCCUACAAUUACUUCCCAUUAAAAGGAGAAGAUAUGUAGCAAGAUAAUUAUAAAUAAAGUCUAAAUUUUUACUCACAAA